AGGCUGCGGCAGCGGGAGGGCCGGGCCGGGCCGGGCGGUGGCGGUACCACCAUGUCGGAGGCGGCGGUGGCGGACACCCGGCGCCUCAACGCCAAGCCACAGGACCUGACGGACGCGUACGGGCCGCCCAGCAACUUCCUCGAGAUCGACAUCUUUAACCCCCAGACUGUGGGCAUGGGCCGCGCCAGAUACACCAGCUACGAGCUCCGGAUGCGGACAAACCUCCCAAUCUUCAAAUUGAAGGAGUCGUGUGUGAGGAGACGAUACAGUGACUUUGAGUGGCUGAAGAAUGAGCUGGAACGAGACAGUAAGAUUGUAGUGCCACCGCUGCCUGGAAAAGCUUUGAAACGACAGCUUCCCUUCCGAGGAGACGAAGGCAUCUUUGAGGAGUCCUUCAUUGAGGAGCGGAGACAGGGACUAGAACAGUUUAUUAACAAAAUUGCUGGACACCCACUGGCACAGAACGAGCGCUGCUUACAUAUGUUCCUGCAAGAGGAGACUAUUGAUAGGAAUUACGUCCCAGGGAAAGUGCGCCAGUAGGAGCACCUGGCACCGUCUUCCUCCAUUCCACCCUCCCUCCUGCAAAAAUGACAUUUAUUUUUACACUAAAUCUGUCUUCUCUGAACCAGCUUUUCCUCUCUUGAACCUCCCAGUUUGUUCAGUAUUUUCCUCUUUUGUAACUGGCAGCAGCUUGUUCUACUGGGCUGUGGUCUGGGCCUAAGGGUAUGAAGAUUUAUGCAAGUGAAUGUGUUGUCCCGCAGCUAGGGGCAGAUGUGAAUAGGUGUGCAGCAGGAACUUGCUUAUGGCAUUAUGGUGUAGGAGCUGCCUCUCUCCCUGUACAGGAAGGUAUGAGUUGACCUUCACUCCCUUGUCCAAGCAUCUCUGCAGGUGACUCUGAAGAAUAGCAGUUGUCAUGUUGGUCAGUGAUCGCACCAGGUAUUAGAGUUCUAGUAAGGCUUAUCCAAAAGAGUGAGUAGGUGCGUGGAUGUGUUGGUCUCUUGUCCACUCCAUUCACCCCGCAUGAAACCCCCACUCUUCACUGUCUGGGAGUGCUGAGAGCCAAGACCUACUCUAAACCCUGCUCUCAGCCUCCUGCAUUACAGACCUGUUUGGUGUAUUUGUGUUAAUCCCCCUCCUUCUAAUAUGCUGCUGGCAGCUCGAGGGGUUUCCAUGAUGUAAGCUCUCACAAUGCUCUGCGUGGGCAGUUUGGCUUGUGGAAGCUGGGAUAGCCUGGGCUUGUAGCAGUGUGUGCUGCGAUGCCUUUGGCCCUGCAUUUAGCAAAUGCCACAGCUUGCUGUGCCAUGGGCUGGCGUAGGGCUGUUCCAGCAGCACCGUGCGCAGCUGAGCUCUGGUGACUUUAUCCUGCACCCCAGCUGCAGAAGGGAGGAGACAGGUCUGUCUAAGGCAGAGCAGGAGAGCUCUGGUGAGGGCUGCUGUAGUGUGCAGUCACGACGGCCGUCACAGGAGCAUCCCAGCAGUGGGGCCUGGGGUGAGGCCACCUCUCCAGAAAGAGACCGCAGAAAAUGGUCAGACAAUUCUGGGCUGGACACUUACAAAGCAGGAAAAGUAACAAUAGCUUUUUGUGUGUUCACCUGUUCUGCAGUGAGCUAGGCAGUUACUUGUGUGGAAGUGAGGACACAAGACUGGCCAGGGAAGCAUUCAGAGCUUGAGAGGGACCACGAGGCUGUGACUCGCUGCAGCAGAACUGUCCUUUGGAGGCUCCUCCAGCUGCCACAGGUGUGAUGAGCAAGGUUGGGCUUCAGCUCAGAGGCUCCUCAGGGCAGGGCUGCCUGGUUUAUAAGCGCUUGGUCACUUUGUAAUGACACAGUUGAGCCUUUCUUGGACCUCAGGCCUGCAGUGACUGUCCUCUCAUUCCUGCCAAGCACAUCCCACAAGGCGUCCCUAUCGUCUCCUGGGUUUUCUGGUGAGGAACUGGCGGUGCUGAGUGAGAGGUGGCUCUUGGGGAGGAGGAGAAGGUGCUGAAAGCGGGAGGAAACUGCCCCGGGGGCCGGCUCUGCCUGGGAAGGGCCGUGGGGCAGCUGAGGCCGAUGCCAGUAGAGGCAGCGGCACUGCCAGCGAGGGCUCAGCCCCUGCCCCGCUGCUGCCGCCGGCUCCCUUUCGGGGCAGCCCCUUCCUCCUGCCUGUCCAGCCACGGGGCUGCCACCCACCCAGCUGUCUCCACCGUGUCCGAUGUAACGUCCCGGUUCCGUUCGCAUUAAACCACUGUGAAGCCGA